CUUUUUCUAUGUUCAACUCGACUUUUUAUAUGGUCAACUUGACUUUGUAAUUUCCACAAUGCAUUGCGUUAGGACUCUAACAAAAUGACCGACAAUAACGAAGACUUGCAGCAUAUCUCCUCGGCGUGUGCCAUAGCUAAGCAGGCCCUCGAAGCCAUCGGCAAUCUACAGAAUAAUGACAUUCGAAAUGUGGCAGCGUUCACAGCUACCAACAUUGCUUCGACUUCCUCUGUUCCAUCAUCAAGCCCUUCGAUUGCAGCAGAGCUCGCUCGUCGAUUUCCAACUUACAGCGCGCGUGGGGUCACCGCAACUAGAAAACGAACUUCAGCGAGUGCUUUUAUGAGUUCCAAGUCACGAGGAAACAAGAGUGGGCGUCCCAGUAAGACAAUUUUCCACAAAGACCUGGUAAUAAUUCCAAACUCUAAUGCAAACCAAGUACCAAGUCACGUCAACAGAGUGAAGCUCGAAGAGAGGGGCUUGAUUAUCCACCAGCUUCCUUUUAAUAGAAACUGGUCUUACUUAGACUUGAAAAGAAAUAUUGAAAGUCAACUUCCAAGAGAGGAUAUUAUGUUUGAAUACCUCAAGGCUUGUUAUGGAACUCUAGUAACGCCAAAACUAGCAAAGGGAGUUAGAAUGGAUGGUGAGAGAAUAAUAAAACUCUUCAGGUCAAGGGAGUGUGUAAUCAGAUGUCUGGAGCCCUUUGAAGAGAUAGAUAGGGAUGAAGAUGAUGAAGAGCUUAUGAUACCAUCAUUUACUCAAUUCACUGGUGACCUCUCAGAAAACCUCGUUCAUGGAAGUUCCUCAUCAUUGCAACAUCAAAACAGUAAAGCUGUAUCCACAGACCCGGGGGAACUACUUAUGACCGAAGAUCCAAUGCCUUACUUGCCAGAAAUGGAGAACAAUGAGUCAGUUAAUAGUUAUGAAGUGGUAGUUGAUGUUAAUGAAAUAUUUCCACCAACUUCACCAUCAAAUAAUGGUGAAGUGCCAACUAAAGUCAUCAGAGUUCACAGGUCAAAUGUAAGAGCUGAUAUGCUUGACAUCUUUUCAGAUCCUUUCAUUUUUAAGUCCAGUUUAAAUGCCAUCAUAAUAAAUCAGCUUGGCCAUGAAGAGGCUGGUCAGGGAAAUGGGGUCCUAAGGGAAGCUUUUGCCCUCUUUUGGAAAGAAUUCUACGAGUCCCACAUGCUGGGGGAGACUGAAAGAGUCCCUUAUAUUAGGCAUGAUUUUGACCACAAUAAGUGGGAAGCAGUGGGGAGGAUACUUGUUAAGGGAUAUACUGAGAGUCAGUAUUUUCCCUAUAAAUUAAGCAAAGUCUUUCUUGCUGGUUGUAUUUUUGGUGAGGGGAGCAUUACCCUUGAAAUGUUGCAAGAUUCCUUCAAAUGUUAUGUUUCUCCAUCUGAAACUAGUCUUAUAGAAGGCUGCUUGGCCAAUAGUAUUGCAUGUGACAGUGAUGAGAUGCUUGACUUUUUGUCAGCAUUUGACUGUAAGAGAAAAGUCACACACAGUAACUUUGUAGAAAUCAUGAGAGAGGUUGCUCAUAAGGAAAUAGUGCAAAAACCCAAAUAUGUAAGUGAUUGCUGGCAACCAAUUCUUGCCCACCUCAAGAUUUUUCAGAUGUGAAAUCUUUACAUCAAUUCUAUUCUUCAAUUAUUCCAAGUAAUGUGAAAGUUAUUGGCCUACUUGAAGCCAGUCCAGCUACAGCAGCUGAGACAGAAACACUGGCCCACCUCAAGAGAUUUAUUAGAGGGCUUGACCAAGCUAAGCUUACCUCAUUUUUGAGGUUUACAACUGCAUCUGAUGUUCUUGUCACUGACAGAUUGACAAUAUCAUUCACCCAGAGCGAAGGUCUACAGAGAAGGCCUAUUGCCCACACCUGUAGCUACACCUUAGAGGUGCCCAGCACAUAUUCUAGCUUUUGUGAGCUCAGAGAAUUCAUGGCCAUUUUAAAUGUAGAUAGUUGGGAGAUGAACAUAGUGUGAGCAAAUAGCAUAAAUGUGUACCAAAAAGUAGUCUCCCCAUGUAUAGCUUACUCAACUUCAUUUGUUAUCAGACUGUUCAGUUUCAAUGUAUAUUUACAUUGAGUUGAGUCUUUACAAGAUUGGUUUGCUUACUUACAACUGAACAUACUCAUUUUAUCUUGUUAUCAAGGCUUCUUAGCAUGAAUUUUGUAAAAAAAAAGACAUAGAUGGAAAUUAUGUUAGGGUUCUUUUGUUGGGUUUAAAACAUGUUAUAUUGUUAGAUUUAUUAAACGUACAAUGAGUUC